UGUUUUUGGCUUAAUGCCUGUGAAGCAAGCAACGGUUCAUCUUCUAGACAGAGAGCGUUUCUCGGAUGCUUUUGGGCCUAAGAGGAACAUGAGGAAGCAUCCGAACCUCUUGGCAGCAGAUUAUGAAUCUCUAGUUAAGAGCAUCAAUGCCUUCGAACAGAAGUAUGGUUAAUCUGCAGAAGGAGAUGAAGAUGAUGGACUUAGGCACGCAAUGGUUGAGAGGUCAGAGUAAGCGCAUAUGGGGUGAACUCUACAAAGUCAUAGAUUCUUCAGAUGUUAUCGUUCAGGUUUUGGAUGCUAGAGAUCCACAAGGUACAAGAUGCUAUCAUCUGGAGAGGCAUCUGAAAGAGCAUUGCAAGGACAAGCAUAUGGUUUUUCUUUUGAACAAGGUUGAUCUGGUUCCAGCUUGGGCGAUAAAGGGAUGGCUUCGGGUUUUAUCCAAAGAAUAUCCUACUCUAUUAUUCCGUGGCAGUACUAAUAAAUCUUUUGGCAAGGGCUCUCUCCUUUCUGUUUUGAGACAAUUUGCACGUUUGAUUUUGAGAAGCAACCACGACAAGCAAGCAAUAUCUGUCGGUUUUGUUGGCUAUCCCAAUGUUGGGAAGUCAUCGGUGAUCAACGCCCUGAGGACAAAGAGCGUUUGCAAGGUCGCUCCUAUCCCGGGCGAGACCAAAGCAUGGCAGUACAUAAGGUUGACAAAGCAAAUUUUUCUGAUUGAUUGCCCUGGUGUUGUUUACCCGAACAAGGACUCCGAAACGGAUAUUGUUUUGAAGGGCGUUGUGCGAGUCACGAAUUUGGAAGAUGCUUCUGAACACAUCGGGAAGGUUCUUAGACGUGUUAAAAAGGAACACCUGCAAAGAGCAUACAAGAUAAAGGACUGGGAAGAUGAAAAUGAUUUCUUAGUUCAGCUGUGCAGAGCAAAAGGCAAAUUAUUGAGGGGUGGUGAACCGGACUUAACCUCCGCCGCCAAGAUGAUGCUCCACGACUGGCAAAGGGGAAGGAUUCCCUUCUUUGUACCUCCUUCACUACGAGAAACUGAAGCAUCUGAGGGGCCGAGCAAGGCUCACAAGGAUGCAGAUAAAUAUGAGGCAUUUGGCACUAGGCAGGCGGCUGCAUCUUUUCGGGUCAUUGCCAGCGUGAUCUCAUCUCAGCAGCAGAAAAGUAUACCUGUCCAAAGGGAUCUAUUCACUGAGGACGAGCUCAAAGGGAAGUCGGAUCCAGAACUCGGGUCGCCGGAGGAUGAAUCAGCCGAGGAGCCACCAGCUGAGGAGGAGGAUGAUAGCUAAGGCUUCUUGAGUCAGCCAAAAUAUUUUGUUAGUGUAUCCUAUAUCAUUUUUAUAGAUCGUAUAUUUAAGAUCAUUGGGGAGGUUGGAAUCGAAUGUUCUAUUGCCUCAGUUAUCAUUUGAAGCUUCGUAAUGAAUGUGGUAAGGAUCAAGAAUUCCGUGUUCUAAUAGAUUGUAGUCUUAUGUAUCAUAUCGGUCCUGCCAGCUUUCCGUGGUCCCGUAUUUAGCCCGAGUUGGAGUUCGAAUUGGACUGAUUGGGUACAUAUGGAGAUAUAUAGAUAGAGCUGGGUUCCAAGCA